GGUCUCGGGGACCAGGCUGCUUUCGGGCAGUAGGGGGGCAGCGCGUCUGCCCCUGUUCAACCUUGUAAGGAUGAUUCCUCAAAAAAAAAUCAGCGGGCAGCCGCCAGGCAGGAUAAGCAGCUGGCAGCUGCGAUGCAGCGGUACUUGGCCUACAUGGCGGACCUCCAUCUCCAGCAGCAACGGCGGGUACAGCAACAGCAGCAGCAGGAGCAGCAGCGCCAGGGCGCCACCGUACCGGACUGGGCCGUCUGCCGCGUGCCGGCCGGCCGUACCGCCGUCCUGGCACAGCUGCACGACGAGUUCACUGGCUGGUGGCGCCUAUACUCAGCCCAGCCUGCAGACACGCCCCUGCCUUCCGACGUGACGGAGCAGCUGGAUGACGCCGCGCAGCAGGUGCAGACGGCCUACAUGGACUACGUGCUCCUAGACGCCCGCACCCUGCGGUCCGCUAAGCGUGGGCCGGCGGACCCCGGCGGGGCCAGCGGGCCCAGCCGCCGGCAACGCCAGCACCGCAGCCGCAGUACCUCCAGCCUCAUGAGCCUGGGCAGCGCUCCAUUGCGCCCUGGCGGCGCCAGCUCAGGCGCCGCUAGCAUGAGCACCAGCAGUGGCGGCGCGCCCCCCAGCCAGGGUGGCGGCCGCCGCGGCAAACGCCACAGCAGCAACAGCAACCGCAACCGCCACGGCGCUGCCGUGGCCGGUGACGGCGCUUGCACGCAAUGGGAGGCGGACAAGUUCUUCUUGCGGGAGGCCGCCACCAGCAUCCACCGUCGGCAUGCACGCCAGACCCGGGAUGGGCUGCAUGGCGUGGUGCUGGCCGCAGACGCGGCCGCUGCCCUGGCCGACCGGCCGGGUGCCAGCGCCGCACAGCGUCAGGCUGCGGCCAUGGCCAACUUGGCGGUGCGGGAGGAGCGGGCAGCUGCCGCAGCGGCCAGCCACAAUGCCCGCGCUGCACUGAUGGAGGAGCAUGGGGAGCGGGGCACUCGCUGGUUCCAUCGGCAGGCUGAUGAGCCAGCAGCCGGCGCGCAGGAGCCCAUCACACACUUGAAGGUGCCGGGGCAACCGGCGCCUGUGGCGCUCACGGGGCCGGGCACGCGCAACACUGUCUCCGCAGCCGCUGCAGCCAUGUACAGCAGCACCAGCCCCACCGGCCUGUUCCGCGUGCAGCCGGUCUGUACGGCGUCGCAGCAACAGCUUCUGGCGGCCAUUGACCGCAAGGUUCCAGCGGAUCUGCAGGCCGCCGCAGAGGGGUCCGGUGACGGCGCCCUCAGUGAUGCCGAGCUGAUGGCAGCGCUGGCUGGCUCCGCCAAUGGUAAAGCGCCUGGGUCGGACGGGGUCCCGUACGAGGUGUACAAGGUUUUCUGGGCGCUGCUGGGUCCGCGCUUGUGUGCUGCUGCUGCCGCUGCCUUUGCUGCCGCUGCAGACGCCCACGAUGGCGGCGAAAUGGCGGCGGCGCUGCCCGCCUCCUGGCGGGAGGGCAUCAUCACGCUCAUCUACAAGGGCAAAAGCCUGGACCGCGCCGAGCUGGCGUCCUACCGGCCCAUCACGCUGCUCAACUGCGACUUCAAGAUGGUGUCCAAGGCCGUCAGCGCCCGCCUGCAGCCCGCCCUGGAUGCAGUUGUGGAUGAGCUGCAGACCGCGUUCAUCACCGGCCGCUGGAUUGGAGACAACGCGCUGUACCUCCAAGGCCUGAUCGAAUGGAUGCGCCUGGACGUGGGCGCGGACGGCACGCCAUGGCAGGGUGGUGCGCUGUACUUCUUGGACAUUGAAAAGGCGUAUGACCGGGUGCACCGGCAGUGGCUGUAUGCGUCCGCGGAGGGUCUGGGGUUUGGGCCGCGCAUGCUGCGCUGGAUCCGCCUGCUCACUGCCAACGGCUCUGCCCGCGUGUGUGUGAACGGGAUGCUCUCUGACGCCUUCCCAGUGCUGAACGGCUUGCCGCAGGGCAGCACCGCCUCACCACCCCUGUGGGUCAUCCAGAUGCAGCCACUGACGUCCUUUCUGCGGCGGCAGGUGGAGCAAGGGGCACUGCGCACGCCCCUGUUACCCAGCGGCGAGCAGGCGCCGCCUGCUGCCCACCACGCUGACGACACGACCCUCACGGCGCGCGACCCGGCAGUGGACGGGCCGGUCCUGAUGGCGGCAGUACAGCUGUUCUGCCGCGCGUCCAACGCCCGUGUCCAUCCGGACAAGAGCAAGGCCAUGGGCCUUGGCAGGUUUGCGCACCUGACGGGCCCUUGCCCACACACGGGGGUGCCGUUUACCACUGGCGCCGUGACGCACCUGGGUGUGCCCCUGUCGUGGGACUCUGAUGCGGCUGCAGCUGACUUGUACACCCGGCGGGCUCGCGGCAUGGCGUUUGUGGCGCGUCUGUGGGCUGCCCUGUCUCUGACUCUCGUUGGCCGUGUGCACAUUGCAAAGCAGGUGCUGGCGGCGAAGCUGGCGUACCACUUCAGCUUCCUCAACCCGUCGCCUGCGCAGCUGAAGGAACUCACCGACCUGGUGGACCACUUUGCUGCGCGCUCCAUGCACGCUGAGGACGCCAGCCUGGUGUCGCAUGGGAACCCGCUCCUGCUGCCAAAGCGGGAAACGGCCUGUCUGCCGUACAAGGAUGGGGGUGUUAACCACGUCGACCUGCCUGCGUUCCUGUCUGCCCUGCAAGCUAAGACUUUCGCCCUCGUUGCCCAGCCAGGCCGGCAACCCUGGAAGACGCUCACCCGGGCGCUGCUUACCCAUGUGCGCCCGGACUCCGCCACCACGUGGGCGUGGGUGUACAGCGACGCGCCAGCGCCAGCGGGGCUGCCUGCCCGGCUGGCGGCCGCGGUCGGCCACGUGCGGAGCGCGGGUGUGGAACAGCAUCCGCCGCAGCCAGCCACUCAGCCACCAGCGGCGCCGCCACAGUGGCGGGUUAGCCUGGACCAGCUGUGGGUGGCUAAUGCUGCGGGGGCUGUGUCCUACGUCCACUACACGGGGCGGCUCUUGGAGCCUGGACCUGGCGUGCUGCCCCCGGCGGUGGAUGGGGCGUGGCAGCCUGCCUGUGUGCUGCAGCAUCGCAAGCCGCGGCACCUGUGGACCUUUGAAGAGCGGGCGGCGUACGAUGCAGCAUCACCAGGGGACCGGGCGGGGGCGUGGCCUCGGGCGCCGUACUUCCUGGCGCCGGAGGCUGGGGUGGUGGUGCACCCGGAGCACUGCCGGAUUGCGGGUGUCAGCUUGGCGGACUACACGGUGCGGGACGUGCGGCGGGCCAUCACCGCGGCUAACCCGGCCGCACCUCCGGCUCCGGCCCGCCCCGCAGCCAUGCCGUGCCCAGCGCCAGCACAGCAGGCGGGGGGGUCGGGGACCCAGCCGGCGGCACAGUCGCGGCUGGCGGAGCGGGAGGCGGAGUGGCAGCGUGCAGCGGCGCAGCUGACCACCACGGCGGCGCAGCACUUCAACAAUCACCCGGUGGCUCUGGACCCCUGGCUCCACCGCACCUCUGCGGCAGCCGGGCUGCAGAACACGCCGGCGAGAGAACUGCAGUCGUAUGCGUCCCCGUUCCAGCACUCGGGUGAGGGGCCGCGGCGUUCCGCGCGGCUGCAGGAGCAGGCGGCGGGCGGGGCGGGACCUAGCACGGGGCCUGCCACGGCGACGGCGGCAGCAGCGGCGGCGGUGGAGGGCGACCCUCGCAUGCCGCCCCCGGAUGCGUCCCUUCUGCGGGCUUCUCACCGCACAGCUCAAGGCGGCUAAGCUGGAGCACUUUGUUGCCAUCUGGUCGGCGGGUGGCGCGCUUUGUGAAGUGGAGGAGGUUCAGGGUGGGUCACCGAAGUUGAAGUUGCGGCUGACGCUUGCAUCACCUGUGCAGGCCCCCUAGGUUUCCUUUUAGGCGGCGGUUCGUUCCAGGCGCUGGCGUGGCGUUUUAUCGUCAUCAGCUUA